AUGAACUCGACCCUGCCCCUCGCUGCCGUCGCGCCGCCGCUCUCGGCCGGCCUCACCCUCGCCGCCUUCGGCACCAGCCCGACCACUUUCCUCGCCGUCCUCGUCGCGGCCGCCGUCUUCCUGUUCGCCCGGAGCAAGCCCGCCAAAGGGCCGCUGCCGCCAGGCCCGCCCGGUCUGCCCAUCCUCGGCAACAUCCUCGACGUGCCCAAGUCGAAACCCUGGGUCCGGUUCGCCGAGUGGACCGACCAGUACGGCCCCAUGUUCACGCUCAAGAUGGGCCGCAACACGAUGAUCGUCCUCGGUCGCGCUCAACCCGCCAUCGACCUCCUCGACAAACGGUCCAACAUCUACUCGUCUCGCGCCCGCCUCAUCAUGACGUCCGAGCUCGUCUCGCGAGGCCUGCGCAUGACCUUCAUGCCGUACGGCGACCUGUGGAGGCGCGAGCGGCGGCUCCUGCACCAGCUCACGAGCCCGGCGAGCGCGGCGUCGUACGAGGAGAUCCAGGAGAUGGAGAGCGCUCAACUCGUUCGCGACAUGCUCGACAAGCCCAAGGAGUUCUGGGGCCAUUGCCAGCGCUAUGCGGGCUCGACAAUCAUGCAGAUUGGCUUCAACAAGCGCGCGCCCACGCCGCAGGACCCGGCCAUCACGAGGAUGCGCAACAUCAACGAGAUGAUGACAAAGACUGCCGUCGCCGGCCGGUACCUCGUCGACUCGCUCCCGAUCCUCAACUACGUCCCGACCGUCCUCGCACCCUUCAAGCGCGAGGCUAGCACCAUCUUCGACGAGACCCUGUCGCUCUUUCGCUCGCACGUGCUCGAUGUCAAGAAGAACGUCGAGGAGGGUCGCGACGCGCACUGCUUCGCCAAGUACAUCCUCGAGUCGCAGCAGUCGUACAAGCUCAGCGACAACGAGGCCUACUUCCUUGCCGGAGCGCUGUACGGUGCCGGGUCCGACACGACCGCCGACGGCAUCAACACUUUCAUCAUGUCGAUGGUCACGCAUCCCGAGGUGCAGGCCAAGGCGCAAGCCGAGCUCGACUCGGUCGUCGGCCGCGGCCGCCUGCCGAGCUUUGCGGACCAGCCCGACCUCGUCUACUGUGGGGCCGUCGUGCGCGAGAUCUUGAGGUGGAGGACCGUCAUUGCGGGCGGUUUGGCGCACGCGACGACCGAGGACGACUGGUACAACGGCUUCUUCAUCCCCAAGGGCACGAUCGUGCUCGCGAAUCACUGGUCGAUCCACCUUGACCCUGAGCUCUACCCGGACCCGACGUCGUUCAAGCCCGAACGAUUCAUCUCGCCCGAGGGCAAGCUCGUCGGGACCAAGUUCUCUGACGCCGGCCACCACGCGUACGGCUUUGGCCGCCGCAUCUGCCCGGGCAAGCACAUCGCCGACCGGUCCCUCUUCAUCGUCUUUACCCGCCUCCUGUGGUCGUGCUCGCUCCGCCCCGCGCUCGACCCGGCGACCGGCGCCGAGAAGCCGCCGAGCGUCCACGCGUUCAGCGAGGGGUUCAGCUCGCACCCACUCCCGUUCGAUUGCCGCAUCGAGCCGCGAGGCGAGUGGGUCAAGGAGGUCGUCGCGCAGGCGGUCGAGGAGGGCGAGGCCGGGUGGGAGGCGCGCAAGGGCUGAGCCACGAUAUGCUCGUAGACGCAGCAUGUACAUACAGAAGCUCCCGAUGCCAAAUCUGAGUCUUCUU